UCUCCGUGAAGGCGAGUCCCGCGCAGCGGCCCGAGCGGCGGCAGCCAUAGCGCGCCAUGGCCGAUCCCGGGGUGUGUUGUUUCAUUACCAAGAUCCUGUGCGCCCACGGGGGCCGCAUGACCCUGGAGGAACUGCUGGAUGAGAUCAGGCUCUCCGAGGCGCAGCUCGUAGAGCUGCUGGAGGCGGCGGGGCCCGAUCGCUUCGUGCUAUUGGAGACUGGAGGCCAGGCCGGGAUCACUCGGUCGGUGGUGGCUACUACUCGAGCCCGCGUCUGCCGUCGCAAGUACUGCCAGAGACCCUGCGACAGCCUGCACCUCUGCAAGCUUAAUCUGCUCGGCCGGUGCCACUAUGCACAGUCCCAGCGGAACCUCUGCAAAUAUUCUCACGAUGUUCUGUCGGAACAGAACUUCCAGGUCCUGAAGAAUCAUGAGCUCUCUGGGCUUAAUCAAGAGGAGCUGGCCGUCCUCCUGGUCCAAAGCGACCCUUUUUUCUUGCCUGAGAUAUGCAAGAGUUACAAAGGAGAGGGCCGCAAACAGAUCUGUGCGCAGCCACCACCGUGCGAGAGACUUCACAUCUGUGAGCACUUCACCCGGGGCAACUGCAGUUACGUCAACUGUCUCAGGUCUCACAACCUGAUGGACAGAAAGGUGUUGGCCAUCAUGAAGGAGCAUGGGCUGAGUUCUGACGUGGUCCAGAAUAUCCAGGACAUUUGCAACAACAAGCAUACCAGGAGGAACCCCCCUGGCACGAGAGCUCCCCAUCCCCAUCGCAGAGGCGGGCAACACAGAGCCAGAAGCAAGAGCAGAGAUCGCUUCCUUCACAACAGUCUGGAGUAUCUCUCAACUGUCUCACCUCUGGGAUCUGGUCCACCUAGCCCAGAUGUCACCAGCUGUAAGGAUUCCCUGGAGGAUGUGUCUGCAGAUAUCACCCAGAAGUUCAAGUACCUGGGGACUCACGACCGUGCCCAGCUUUCCUCUGUCUCGUCUAAGGCUGCUGGUAUCCGAGGGCCCAGUCAAAUGAGAGCGAGCCAGGAGUUUUCGGAGAACGGGGAUCCAGAUGGCUUAUUUUCUAGGAAUCGUUCUGAUUCGUCUUCAAGUCGAGCCUCCGCUGCCGGCUUUCCACUUGAUGUGGCACAGAGAAAUGAAGCCAUGGCCAUGAAAAUGGGCGUGCCUUCUGGACACCGCACGGAGGUCCUGGGCAAGAACGAGGCUCCCGACACCGAUCACGUGCCAUUUUUAAAUAGUUAUAUUGAUGAGGUGACAGUGGAAGAAGUGUCAGGAAUUCUAGGUAAAAGGGCCACAGCCAACGGUCUGGAAGAAAUGAUAUUACCUAGCAACCGUCUGAAGAGUGUGGUUAAGCCCCAGGAUCCCCAGAUCUCUAGCAGAAUGACUGACAGUGGCCAAGACAUGGCAUUCCUGCUUAGUAAAUAUGGAGAAAACCCAGCGUGGGCAAGCACAUCUACCCAUAAUGCCCCAAAUGGCUCUAGUCAAAUUAUGGAUGAGAUGCCUAAUGUCUCUAAAAGUAGUACCACUGGAUUUGGCAUAAAAUCACCACCAGUUACUGGAGGAAAAGAAGCAGUCUAUUCUGGAGUUCAGAGUCUGAGAAGCCAGGUUCUGGCUAUGCCUGGGGAGACCACUACCCCUAUACAGGGCAGCAGCAGGCUGCCUCAGUCACCUCUGUCUUCUUCAAGCCACAGAGUUGUGGCCUCUGGGAGCCCUGGCAAGAACAACAUCCAUGCCUCUGUGAGCCCAGCCAGUGAGCCCUCAAGGAUGACAUCAGACCCUGAUUUCCUACGCCACAUCGUAAGUCCUACGUCUAGUAUGGAUGAUCACGGCCUGAGGGAAAUCUGUCAGGACCACCUGUACAAGGGCUGUCGACAGAGCAACUGCAGCAAGAGCCACUUCUGUCUGCCCUACCGGUGGCAGGUGUUCAUAUGUACCGCUUGGAUGGAUUUCCAGGACAUGGAGUACAUCGAGCGGGCCUAUUGUGACCCCCACGUUGAAGUCAUUUUGAUAGAAAAACAUCAGAUCGAUUUCCAGAAAAUGACUUGUGAUUCCUACCCCAUCCGCCGCCUCUCCACUCCUUCAUUUGUUGAAAAGCCGCUCAAUUCCGCCUUCACCACCACGUGGCUUUGGUACUGGAAGAAUGAACUUAAUGAGUACAUUCAGUAUGGGGAUGAGAGCCCAGGCCAUACCAGAUCCGAAAUCAACUCUACAUACCUGGAGACUGUCUUCCAGUCCUGUCCCAGGGGAGUUUUGCCAUUCCAGGCUGGUUCACAGGGGUAUGAGUUAAGCUUUCAAGGGAUGAUUCAGACAAAUAUAGCUUCCAAGACUCAAAGGCAUGUUGUCAGAAGGCCUGUAUUUGUUUCUUCGAAGGAUGUGGAGCAGAAGAGAAGAGGUCCAGACCAUCAGCCAGUGAUGCCCCAGACAAAUGCUUCGACCCUGUAUCCUCUUUCCCAGAGGAGUGCUAUCGAUGUUUUUCCUAAGGAAUAUGAGUUUCUAGAACUCAAUAGCCAGGAUGCGGAAUAUGUCAAAAUAAGUCAACAGUUUAGCUCAUCCAUGAAACCUUUCAAGAUUGUGAAGAUACAGAGGAUAUGGAAUCAAAAGCUCUGGGAUGCUUUUGACAGGAAGAGGCAAAAGAUGAAAAAUAAAACUGAGAUGCAGCUGUUUCAUGCAGCACACCGUACUCAUGUGGAUUAUAUCUGUAAGAAUAAUUUCGAGUGGAUCCUACAUGGAAAUCAGGAGACCAGAUACGGAAAAGGAAAUUAUUUUGCCAAAGAAGCCAUCUAUUCCCACAAGAGUUGUUCAUAUGAAACCAGAAACAUUGUUAUGUUUGUAGCCCGAGUCCUGGUUGGAAAUGUCAUUGAAGGAAAUAUGACAUUUAGUAGCCCUCCUGCGCUCUAUGACAGCUGUGUGGACACCAGGCUGAAUCCCUCUGUCUUUGUCAUUUUCCGGAAAGAACAGAUUUACCCAGAGUAUGUAAUUGAGUAUGUGGACUCGGAGAAAGAGAAAGAGAAAGAGAAAGAGAAAGAGAAAGGGUGCAUAAUUAGUUAGAAAUGACGUAUGCCGUGCCGAAACCAUUCUGUUGCUGUCUAGGACCAAGUCAGCCCCAGACAGUAGAUAGUCUUUUACAUUCUCUUGCUACAUUACCUAACGUCUUAAACCAGCUUCUUGUUCCCAAGUCCAUCUUUACCUCCCCAGUACCAGCCCUUCUGGUGUUCUUACUGUCCUUGGUGCCUCCUGCACCUAAUUCAUUGGUUCUAGAUGAACUAUUCUGUUAGUUUUUAUCACCUAGUAGGCAAUAUCUGUUUUGUCUAAUAUUCAAAGUGCAAUUCGGGUAUAGAUUCUCCACAGAUUACAUUAAUUUAAAAAAUAUAUCAAAUUUACUAUCAUGUAAGAGGGAAGUAUUAGGUCAUAACUUCGGCCCGACUUUACAGUACUGAGAAAUAAUGGAGUCGUCAGAUGCCUACACUUACCAUGAACCAGUAUGAGCUUAUAAGAAAGGAAUUGGAGGAACAUGAAAAAGCAGGAACAUGUGUAGACAUCAGAGUAAAGACUAACGAUACACGUUAUUUGUAAAUGUCAGCAGCUACCUGUACAUGGUAAGAACGAAAUACCUUCAUUGAAAUAAAGAUACAGUACAAAAGAACUUACAGAUUGUCAGAACAGCGAGAAUGAAGAGAUACGUUCUUGCGGGCGGACGAGCUGUAAGUAGUACAUGAAUGUCUAAAGAGACAUUCAAAACUCGAAUAGGGCGCAGAGUAAUUUCUUAUUGUGAGGAACUGCCCAGUGUAUUGAAGGAUGCACAGUUGGCUCUCACAUGCUAAAUGCCAGUGGCGCCCUCCUUUGCCCGAAGUCAUGACAACCACAGACCCUACUAGACCUGUUCAUCCUUUUAAAGGUAGAUCUUUGAUAACAUCCUUGAGAUGAUUUAUAGGUAAUCUAAUCCACAUUUGAGUUUAUUCAGACUUAAUUUAGUGCCCUGCUUAUGUUAUAAAUGGAAACUUAGAAAGUCAGAACUCUGUAAAGGAUACAAACUGUAAGUACUCAGACAUGACUAUGCUAUCAGCUACGAAGCAUGUUAACUCUCACUAGGAAUAGGUUUGGCUUAAGAGUCCAGCAGGGGUAACAUCUAAGCUGAAUGAAGUUCAGGAAAAUGAAAGAUUAAAGGGAUGUGUGACAGAAUGCAGUAUUAGGGUACACCACAGCAGACUCCGCACCUUAUCUGUCUAUGGUGAAGGAAAGGGCGCAAUCACUCUAAUUGAAAUGAUAGAUAAUAAGACAGGACAAAUUACAGUCUGUCUCAGAGGAAUCCAAGGAUUCUUUCUCAGACAAAUUGUAGGUCCUGCAUAAAUGUCCAACAGGACAUUAACCAGUCGUAAAGGUGCAGAACGGUUUGUGUGUGGGACUGACCCAUCCACACACAGCAGGGUGCUUGUUCUGCCUCAGGCUGCAUCUACUCAGUGCGGUUAAUAAACUUUAGAUACAAAGCCAACAACCAUCACUCUCCAGUAUACUACAGUGGGGACCGCUGAUCUAGUUAAUGGUAGUACUCUUAGAUCAAUUCAAUUGUUUUAUUUCCACUGUUUUACUACAGAAUAAACCAGGACCUUGCCUCUUAAGCUCUUGGUUUUUAAAAAUGCUGUGUUCCUUGAUUUAUAAUCCUUCUUGUUUGCUCAAUAAAAAGAAAAAAGUAAUUUGA